AUGAAAUUCAUUCAUACACAAUCUUACGAGUUGCUUGAGUUCGCCGACUACAACCCGCCUCCAUUCGCCGUGCUGUCGCACGCAUCGAAAUUAUCUCAUCAUGGUAGCCAGGUAAACUCUUUUCAAUCAAAGUCUGUGCUCUUUGACAGCAUCGUUUUGCGGGCUUGUCACAAGGCAGACGCUCACGGCCUGAAAUUUCUCUGGGUUGGUACUGUGUGUGUCGACGAGACUUCAUCUCUAGAGCUUCAACACGCCGUUAGCUCUUCUUUUCGCCUCCUGCGAGCGGCAACAGUGAGCUUCGUUUAUCUUCACGACCUUCCGCCUUACUCUGCUUUACUAGCGGAAACUUGGGGCCGUUGUAGAUACUGGACGCGAAGCUGGACACUCCAGGAGCUGGUUGCGCCCUCGAACGUUAAAUUUUUCGAUGCCGAAUGGAACUACCAGGGAGCCAAGUCGUCCCCAGGUCUUCUUAAUAUGCUUCAAACUGUUACCCGGAUCGAUAAGAACAUCUUAGCAGACAGCGAUGCCUUCUCAAAGGUCGCAAUCGGAGUCAGACUGUCGUGGGCGGCCGGAAGAGAAGCCACUCGCGCCGAGGACGCGGCGUAUUCUUUGGCCGGCAUUACUGGGGUUAACAUAUCCGUCAGAUACGGUGAAGGCUUAGAUCAGGCCUUCGCUCGCCUUGUGAAGAAGAUCAUUCAUGCCGAAAUAGAUGGCUCGAUCUUUGCCUGGACCAGCAAUGAUAACCAAGUCGCUCGGGGACUUCUUCCACGAUCCGCAUCCGAAUUCCGCCAUCUUACGGAUAAACACGAAUCUCCUUGGUCACAGAAGCCAUUUGCUUUCAACGGCAAUGUUCACUUCAGUGGCAAGGGUCUAGUUCUUGACUCCCGGGCAUCAACGCAAGACUCAUCCCUCAUCCUGGAAAUCGGUCGGACGCCCGAGAAACAAUUCGGCGUACGAAUUCAGAUGUGGGAGAAUCUAUUUGUUCGAGUUGAUUCGAAAGAAAUAGUGCAGGGGUUGGAGCACACACGACCUUGUCGGAUCCUGGCAGCCCGCGACAUCGAUGCCGAGACGUCUCAAAACAUUGACAACUCCUCCAAGAAGAGGAAGAUAUCGAAUCAACGCCGAACUCCUCCUAAUGAAUACUCAUUCAUCCAGCUUGGAUCUCCUCACAUCACCUCGGCUUGUCUGUUGCAUCACGAUGCUUCCAGCUCAUGUAGCUACCCUGAUGAGACUCUAGACUUAGAGAUUCUCAAUGUCGAUGACGGUGAGGAAGAGGAAGAGGAGGUAGAGGAGGAGGAGGAGGAGGAGGAGGAGGAGGAGGAAGAGAAAACAUUCAGCCAGAUUGACGUACACGACAGAACUUCCCUAGACACGAAUCACCCGUAUCAGUCUGAGCGCGAGUGCCUGCUACGCCGUUUCAGCGGACGAGUCCGAAGUUGGGCUCGUUCAGCGACAUACAUUGCACCGCCCGACAGCCGGAAAUUACAAAAAAGGCGCAAGAUUGCGGACUCGAAGUCAUAUUGCGUGAGCGAGGAGUCAGAUUUUGAGGACAUUGAAGAUAUCCACAACAACAUCCGCAUCGGAUCCCGCAUCGACGGCUAUUUCCACCUCGCUUGUCCCUUCUACACGAUGAAGCCUGAUGAAUAUCAGCAAUGUUUACUCGAAUACGAUCUGCGAUCGAUGGAAGAUGUUGUGAAACACAUCAAAAGACGCCAUACAAAGCCGCCAUAUUGCCCUAAAUGCCGGAUCAUUCUCGGAACACCGGUGGCCAGAGACGAGCAUAUUCGCAAACAGAUUUGUGAAGCUCAAUACCCUACUAGAAUCGAUGGUGUUGAUGGAAACCAGCUAAAAAAGAUCAUGAAAGUAAUGAUGAAUAGGUUCAGUGAGGCGGAGACUUGGACGCGCAUUUGUGCGUUGGCUUGUCCUGACACCCCAGCCUGCGUCUCUUCUUACCUCGAAGAUGGCCUCGGUCUUGAGGUGUCAAAGGUCCGGGAUUAUUGGAAUAAUAAGGGCAGGGAAUGCAUUGAGGAGUACUUAUCUGAGAGAGGGGUUCUACUUCCCGAAGAUCAGGAUGAAAUCGGAGUAUUGGAAGCCUUUCAUUCCCUGACUAUGUUUGAUUUGGUGCAGGAAACGGUUACCAUCAGUAUUAAGAAGUCGAAUUAA